ACGAUACUAAAUACUUCACAAGAAGAAUCAAUACAAGAAAUUCAAAAUUGUAAAAAAGUGAAAAGACCUGUUUGCUUUAUAUUUUCAGCCUUAGGGUCGCAAUGGCCAGGAAUGGGUCGAUAUUUAUUAAAAUUUCAAGUCUUUGCAAAUGCAAUAAGAAUGUGCGAUGACAUUUUAAAACCAUAUAAUAUAAGUGUCACGGACAUUUUGACAAAUACAGAAGAAAAUGUGUAUGAAAACGUGUUAUACGCGUUUCUUGGAAUUGUCGCUGUUCAGAUCGGUUUAGUAGAUCUCCUAACAUCUUUAGAAAUUACUCCGGAUUACAUGAUUAGUCAUUCUGCUGGCGAACUGGGUUGCGCGUACGCGGAUGAAUGUCUCACCAUUGAACAAACUAUUUUGUCAGCAUACUCUAUUGGUUUGUCGUGUGACAACACAAAAUUGAUUUGUAGCUCUAUGGCAAUUGUCAGUAUUGAUUACGAGUACCUUAAAAAUAUAUGUCCAGCGGAUAUUGAAAUAAUAUGCCGCAAUAGCGAGAACAGCAGCGUCGUUAGUGGUCCCGCAAAAUCCGUGCAAGAAUUUAUAAAAAAAUUACAGGUUAAUAAUAUUUACGUGAAAGAGAUCCACUGUAACGUGCCAUAUCACAGUUCUUACCUCACAUCCGUAAAAUCUCAGCUUUUGUCCAAUUUGAACCAAAUAAUACCACAUCCGAAAAAACGAAGUCCAAAAUGGAUCAGCACUUCUAUACCCCGUGCCGAAUGGCACACUUCAGCAUCAAAAUUAUCAUCGGCUGAAUAUCAUACACGUAGUAUACUAAACACUGUUUUCUUUGAUCAAGCAAGAUAUUUAAUUCCAAGUAACGCAGUGACCAUCGAGAUAGCACCAGACAGCGUUCAGCAGCAAGUUUUGGACGAACUCUUACAUCCAAAUAUUACAAACAUUUCAUUGACUCGACGCACUGAACAAUACAAUAAUAUAAUUUUUCAAGGAAUUGGAAGGCUUUACAACUGUGGUUUACAGCCGCAAGUUGCCAAUUUAUAUCCGCCAGUAACAUUGCCAGUUAGCAGAGGAACUCCUAUGAUCUCCCCAUCGAUCAGGUUCAAGAUAUUAUCAUAA